AUGGCCCCCGGAUACAAGGUCUUCUUCUCGGAGCUUGACAACCCUCAGCACUAUGCUGAACUUAAAGAGAGCAUCAAGGCUGGAAAAAUCACAGAUGCUAAGGAAACCGUCAGUGAACGUUCCAAGCUUUUAUACCCUGAGUACUUGGUUUCUGCCACUCCUGCUGAUUCCAAUGCUUACAACAACCAAACAAACCCAGAUGGUGCCAAAAACGAUAAAGGUCACCUAGGAGACCCGGAGUUCAAGAGCUUGUUCAACAAAGAUCAUAAGAAAUUCGACUUGUCGCCAAACUUGGGUACCGAAAUCGACGGGAUCCAGCUCAGUGAGCUUGACGACCAGGGAAAGAACGAUUUGGCUUUGUUCCUUGAAACCAGAGGUUUGGCUAUUUUCCGUAACCAGGACUUCCGUGACAAGGGUCCUGAAUUUGCGGUGAACUUUGGCAAAUACUUUGGCCCAUUGCACAUUCAUCCUGUUGCCUACUCGACCGAAAAGCACCCUGAAUUGUUUGUGACUUUCAGAAAAGCUGGUGAUGGCUCCAGAUACAACGAGCAGUUCAGACACACCACCAGCACUAUUGCGUGGCACUCGGAUGUUUCCUUUGAGGAGUAUCCAUCUUCAUUCUCCAUCUUUGUCGCUUUGGAAGCUCCAGAAAGCGGUGGUGAUACUCUUUUCCUUGAUGGAAGAGAAGCCUACAAGCGUUUGUCUGCACCAAUGCAAAAGUUCUUGGAGGGUCUCACGGUGAUCCACUCCAACUACGGUCAGAACAAGUUUGCUGCUCUUCGUAACCAGGUGGCCAGAAUCAAGGCCGACUACUUCACAGAACAUCCGUUGGUGAGAACCCACCCAGUUACUGGUGAGAAGAGUUUGUUCUUUUCGAGACUCUUUGUUCAGAAAGUAAAGGGCUUGAAGCAGACCGAGUCCGAUGCUAUCCUCAACUUCCUCGAGGACCAUGUCAACAACAACCCAGAGAUCCAGGUGAGAGCUGCCCACAAGGGUACGGACUCCAGAUCUGUGAUUUUGUGGGACAACAGAAUCUUGAUGCACUCUCACUGUAACGAUUUCUUGCAGCACGAGACCACGGCCAGACACCAUUUCAGAGUCACUUGUAUUGGUGAGAAGCCUUAUUUGGACAACUCUGAGAGUUCCAGCAAUGAGAAGCCACAGGCCUACUAG